AUGGAGGAGCCUGCAAGUGAUGAAAACCAUUCAGAAGAACUAUUUUCCCAUUUUAAAAGUAGACAAGAGAAAGAACAUUUAUCACAGCAUGCCAGUGAAAGCCAUCUCAGCUGUGUAAAGCAGGACAUCCUAAAUGAAAAGACUGAGUUGGAAGCAACAUUUAAAGAAGCUGAGUUGGCAACCUGUUCUGUGGAAUUACUUUUACCAUUAUUUAAGGACACCAUUGAAGAAAUUAGUUUUGAAAAUGCUGAUCUUUCUCCAUCCGAUUUGAAGAAGAUUGUUAAACAGAAGGAAAUAUUAACAAAAGAAUUAGAUACAUUUAAACGCGUAAAACAAGCUUUAGAACAUCUUUUUAGAAAACCAGAAUACCAACAAAUAGAUGACAAUUUAACCAGCAUGUUAGAGAAGCUAACUGAUAAUGAAAGUAAAAAUACUGAUCUUAAGAAGAAGGUACUUGAAAAGGAGACCUCUAUCCAAGAACUUUCUUCUUUGUUUCAGAAUGAAAAGGCAAAUGCUUUGAAAGCCAGUCGUUUUGCACAAUCAGUUAAAGUAGUACAUGAACGACUACAACUCCAAAUUCAUAAAAAGGAAGCAGAGAAUGAUAAAUUAAAAGAAUACAUAAAGAGCUUAGAGACUAAGAUAGACCAAUGGAACUUGAAAUUGAAAAAGAGUAAGCAUGAGACUGUAGCGAUGAAAGAAUCAAGUAGGCAAAAAACUAUCGCCCUGAAAAAAGCAUCUAAAGUUUACAAACAAAGGCUUGAACAUUUUACAGGAGACAUUGAAAACCUGACUUCCCAGAUUAGAGAUCAGGAAGCCAAGUUGUCUGAAGCAAUUUCAGCUUCCAAUGCCUGGAAAAGUCAUUAUGAGAAAAUUGUAAUAGAAAAAACUGAAUUGGAAGUUCAGAUUGAGACAAUGAAAAAGCAAAUCAAUAAUCUUUUGGAAGACCUGAAGAAAAUGGAAGACAAUGGAAAAAAUUCAUGUGGGGAAAUUCUUAGAAAACUUCAGUCUAUUGAAUAUGAAAGUGAAACUCUUACUCUUGAGAAUACAAAAUUAAAGACAACACUUGCUACUUUGAAGGAUGAGGUUGUUUCUGUUGAAAAUGAACUCUUAGAAUUGCAGGAAGUAGAAAAACAACAGAAAACACUUAUUGAAGUGUAUAAAACUCAGAUACAAAAGUUGCAAGAAGCAGCUGAAAUGGUGAAAAGCAGAUGUGAAAAUUUGCUAAGUGAAAAUAACCUAAUAACAAAAAACAAAAAUAAAAAACUAGAGAAGUUUGAUGGAAAUCACAAUCUUCUGACAAAGCUUUCUUUGGAAGAGGAAAAUUAUCUUAUUCAAUUGAAAUGUGAAAACCUUAAACAAAAAUUAGAACAGAUGGAUGCAGAAAAUAAAGAGCUUGAAAAGAAGCUGGAGGACCAAGAAGAGUUUCUUAAGCACAGCAAUCUUAAGUUUAAAGAGAAGUCUGAAGAACAUACAGCAUUGGCUAGACAGCUGGAAGCUGCUUUAGAAGAAGGAAGACAAAAGGUUUCUGAAGAAAUGGAGAAAAUGUCAUCUAGAGAGAGGGCUUUACAAAUUAAAAUACUAGAUCUGGAAACUGAGCUUAGGAAGAAAAUUGAAGAACAAAAUCAACUUGUUUGCAAAAUAAACAGUAAAGCACAACAUCAGGAAGUAUGUUUGAAAGAAAUACAACAUAGUCUUGAAAAGUCGGAGAAUCAAAAUGAGAGUAUUAAGAAUUAUUUACAGUUUCUUAAAACUUCUUAUGUAACAAUGUUUGGAUAA